AUGGCCCAGUGCUCAAGGCAACUUGAGCUCUACCAGCCAUGGGCUCAGACAUUUGAAACCGUAUCCUUGGAUCAUGCGGAUAACUUCAAAGCCGAACAUGCACAGUGGGGGCAGCCCUGGGAACAGUUUCUUCCCGCCACCAGGGAGCAGAACUUGGCCAGUGUUGGGAGACUCGCUGAGCCUUCUGGUUGCAAGUUUUCUUACCCCUUUGACAAGCGCCACACAAAGGAGACGGUGGAUGCGUUGCGGAGAGCAGAGGCCAACCUGGAUGCCGUUUGGGACAAGAUUGAUGACCAACUGCGAUUCAAGGUGCCGGAGCUGCAAGGAACAGCUGUUCAUCGCUUCCUUUCGAAGCUGCGCAUGCUCCGGAGAACUGCAGAAUGGGUUGAACCGACGGUGCCAACGAAAGACAAGAAGGUCGCGGAUCCCAACCUUGGCACCUUGAACCGACCGCUUUCAAAUGUCAAGACCAAAACCAAGGGCGUCUCAUCGGCAAAACCAGCUGCGGCACCUGAGGCACCUGAACCAGAGAACCCGGAUCCUCAACCAACACUCCACGUGGAUGCUAGAACGCUCAAAGUAUUCCGUACCCUAUUCUUCAACCCCGAGAUAAACUCGACUCCCGGCUCGGUUCUUUGGAACGACUUCCUCCACGAGAUGGUGGCCACGGGCUUCCAAGCAGAGAAGCUCUACGGCUCUGUUUGGCAGUUUUCGUCCACCACGUUGGAUGUGGAGAGGAGCAUCCACUUCCAUGAGCCUCACCCCAAGGGUAAGAUUCCUUUCGAGGUGGCUAGACGGCAUGGGAGACGGCUGGCGAGGGCGUAUGGCUGGUUUGGGGGCAUGUUUGUCUUGAAGAAGUAG